GCUGUUCUCUCGGAGAAGGUGCCCCUAUGAGACUGACCGUCGCGAGUGCCGCUGCGCUCGGCCCGGCGCCGCCGGCAACAACCCCCCUGUUUGUGUGUGUGUGUGCAUUUCGUCCACACCUCUCCCUCCUCUUUCCUCCUUUCUCCCUCUUCAUCAUGGGUGCCGGCUCUCAGUUCCCCUACCCCAAGUGGGUCUGGUCGCCGUCUGGUGGCUGGUGGACCCAUCAGCCGCACUGGGUGCGCAACACCGCCAUCGUCUAUGGUCUGGCAGCGGUCUUCAUCAUCUACCCCUGCUACCGCUUCUCCAAGAACAACGAGGUUCGCUACAACCAGCGCGAGCUGCCGAAGCCCUACGUUGUCGAGUAGACACACCCUUCUUGAUCGGUGUGCGGCCCACUCCUUCGGUGCACUGACAAGCGCCCCGUGUGUGGCGGGUCCCAGUGUGAGGCCCCUUGCCGAUGGCAUGUGCGCACCCUCUCCCUCCCCCCCCCCCUCUCUCUUCAUAUACACAUAUACGCGCGACAUCUCCACUUCGCGAGAGCAUAAUACACCCCUUUUGGCUCCGGG